UAGGAGUAACAUCAGACAGAAACCAUGGGUUUCCUCCCUUGGUUCACCUUUGCUGCUGUCAUUCUUUUAGUAAUUCAUGGAGGUUUGUGUGCAGAUAUCGUUGGAGGAAGUGAAGUAGCACCACACUCGAGACCRUUUAUGGCCCAAAUCAAGAAAUCAGGACAAAUUAUUUGUGGAGGAGCUUUAAUCAAGGAAAACUGGGUAUUAACAGCUGCCCACUGUAAAGUGGAAAAAGCCAAAGUUGUUCUUGGAGCUCAUUCAUUGAAAAAACGUGAAAAAGAGCAGCAGACUUUUCAGAUUGCAAAAUACAUUCGCUUCCCAUGCUACAACAGCCGUACCACGGAAAAUGACCUUAUGCUGCUACAGCUUCAGGGAAGAGCAAAACUUAAUAAAGCUGUGAAAACCAUCCCCCUGCCURAGUCAGAUGAUGAUCCCAAGCCAGGAACCAUUUGCACAGUAGCAGGAUGGGGGCUAACUGAUAAUCGUCGGGACAAGACUCCUGCUGCCUUGAUGGAGGUCAAUAUCACUGUCAUCAGCAGGGAAACCUGCAAUAAUAAAGGGCAUUAUAAUGGCAAACCUGUGAUAACAGAAAACAUGAUAUGUGCUGGGGCUAAGCUUGGAAAAAAGGACUCGUGUAAUGGGGAUUCUGGCGGACCUUUAAGGUGCAAUAAUAUUAUGAGAGGCAUCACUUCAUUUGGGAAACUGAACAAAUGUGGCAAGCCUGAGAGCCCUGGUGUCUACACCCUACUCACGAAGCAAUACGUCGAGUGGAUAAGGAAAACCAUAGGGGGAGCCUAAUAGAUUGGGUUUGGGCCAAGUGAUUUGUGCAAAUGAAAUAAGCUUUUAAAAACAGCUUCAUUAUACUGCAAAAGAGGUAUUCUCUCACUGUAUUUUGGCUGCUUGGUGUAAUUCUGCUACCACAGCAUUUAUAGCUUAUGCUCUCAGCCAUGGAGUCAUUGGGGGUAUUUGGGACUGAGGAUUCCAASGUCCCUAUAGCACAUGUUUGCACUGAGCCCUACAUGGAUCAGUAUUGCUGGUCAAGAAUAUAAUCCUUGUUUGUGUCCUCACUGCACAUUGAGUAUGCACUGUACCCUUCUGUAUUGGGACUUCUGCAAAAACCCUGAAAGAUAGUGACAUGCUAGGUACAAGUGCAGAUACCUAAAAAACUUAGUUUUUGUGCAGCAAAGCUCUGGGUUUCAUUGUUGUAGUGGACUGCUAAGCUCCAGAAAAUUAAGUUGUGACAACUGCAUUUGACUGUGGGACAUAUUAAGUACCAAUUUUCUAACUUUCUUGUAUUUGCAACCUCUAGAUUUUAUCCAUUUAUGUACUUCGCUUUUAAUAAAGA